GUUGCUAGAUCUUUGGAGUCCUCUUCUCGAUCGGUUGGGAAGAGUCCUCAUCUACGGGUGGAGGGUUUACCAGCAAAGCUUGAGAUGUGCAAGAGUUCACUGAUUGAGGACUCAGGCCUGACCGUUGAGACCAUUGCCUCGGUUAUCCCAGAGUUCGACAUUGAUGCAGUCUUG